CCGGGAGAAAUACGUUAAACUUCAUAGUGCAGUCUAAUUCCUUUGACUCAUGCUCAUAUUUUAUGAGAUGGCCAUUGAACGCUUUGUUACGAGAAAUUUCUUUCAGAGUCAUGAUGAAUCGUUGACAAACUGACGAGCGCAACUCGAUCUUACAUGACGUGAGAUGGACUGCGAAAUUUGGGUUGACAAACUCCGGUCAGCGUGUUAUUGUGGGAGCUAACCCUUGACUUGGAUCAACUUGGUAUGAGUAGCAAAAGGUCGAGAGAGAGAAACGAGGAUGCUGAAACAGAGCCGAAAUUGAAGAAAGCAUUCAGCGAUCCUCGUCAGAAUGUCCAUGAAUCGAAACGGGCGGCUGAGCAAAGUCAGUAUGCAGACUCCGGUGUUAACCUCACGUAUGCGGUGGGCUGCACCGAGGAGGAAAAUUAUGAUACUGUAACACUCAAAGAUAUUAUUGGCGAUGAAAACCUUCAAGAGCUAUACCAAUUCAAUUUCACAGUCGAUUUACACUAUCUUAUGGAAAACCUAGAUGAGAAUGUUAAGACAAGGGCUAAAAUCAUGGUUAUUCAUGGUAUGAAGGAAAGCAUUCCUAUCAUCGAGGCCACUGCUCUGAUGUACCCAAACGUGGAAAUCUACUCUCCAAAAAUGAUGGAUCGUUGGGGCGUUCAUCACUCCAAGUGCAUGAUAUUGUUCUGUCAAAAGAACAGUAUUAGAUACGCCAGAAUAGCCGUUGUUACUGCAAACAUAUGUUAUGCUGAUUGGAACAAAAUGUGCCAGGCGACAUACCGCACUCCGGUGCUGCCUCUCAAAUCAGAGAAUACAGAAGCAGGAGAACUCAUAGGAUCAGAGCAUGGGUCACCAUUCGAAUGUGAUUUCAUCAGCUACUUUCGCGCUUACAAUAUGAAAGUGACAAACGACUUGUGUGAAAAACUACGAUUGUAUGACUUUACUAAAUGCAAGGCUGUCAUCAUAGCUUCCGUGCCUGGAUACCACCAAGGUCGCGACGUAGAGAAAUGGGGCCUCAAAAGACUACAGCAUAUUCUGACAAAGAAAGUGGAUAUCGUGCCGGAAUGUCAGAAACAAUCUAUAAUAUUAACGCAGUCCUCAAGUGUUGGUAAAUUUACUGAAAAGUGGUAUACAGAACAAUUUGCUGUAUGCAUGCGAGGUUGUCGCAAUCCACUCUCAUGCAGCAUCCCACAAGUUAAAUUUAUCUACCCGACUAUUGAAGAAGUUUGCGAAAGCGUAACUGGGUUAGAGAGCGCUGGAUUUUUACGCAUGGACUCGGCAACUUAUGAAAAGCUGCAUUCAUGGUUCCCCAGCUAUCUUUGUAAAUGGGAAGGAAAAGUUGGUGGUCGUCAAAAGAUAAUGCCUCAUUACAAGUCAUACACUCGACUCCGGGCGAACCCGCAAACCAAGGUAGACGCGACUGGUAAAGAAGUUGAAGCAAGAGCAUCCAUUGCGUGGCAUCUGGUUACAUCAGCAAACUUAAGUAGAGCAGCUUGGGGUGACUUACAAAAGAAUGGUACACAGCUUCAUAUUCGACACUAUGAGUUGGGUAUCUUACUAUAUCCAGAUCUUUGGGAGGAACAGGAAACACAUAUAUUGGCGGCGAACCAUCAAAACCCAAUGCCAAAACCUCCCGACUUUGUCCCCUUCAAAGAAGGCAAUAUUAUUGUUCCAAUACGCAUCCCUUACGGUAUUCCACCGAGAAAUUACACCAGCAGCGAUCAUUGUUGGACAACAGCAUUUGUCGAGUAGUUUUCAAGUAGUAAGAAUAGAGUACCCCCGUGUUCUGUAUACCGAACUUUGGACUUACUUAUUAGCAAUGUACCCGCAAUAUGCUGGCUUUAUUGAACAUUUUUCUUUCGAUUACACUGUAUAU